GACGUCCCCGCGCGCUGCGUCAGACCAAUGGCGAUGGAGCUGAGUUGGAGGAGAGAAGUUUGAGUAAGAGAUAAGGAAGAGAGGUGCCCGAGCCGCGCCGAGUCCGCCGCAGCCGCAGCGCCUCCGCUCCGCCAACUCCGCCGGCUUAGAGUGGACUCCGGAUCCGCGAGGGCGCGGCGUAGCCGGGCAGCGGCUCUCUCAUCCUUGGCAACCCCAAGGGCCACUGUUUCCCACUUAGCCACAGCUCCAGCAUCCUCUCUGUGGGCUGUUCACCAACUGUCCAACCACCAUUUCACUGUGGACAUUACUCCCUCUUACAGAUAUGGGAGACAUGGGAGAUCCACCAAAAAAAAAACGUCUGAUUUCCCUAUGUGUUGGUUGCGGCAAUCAAAUUCAUGAUCAGUAUAUUCUGAGGGUUUCUCCGGAUUUGGAAUGGCAUGCGGCAUGUUUGAAAUGUGCGGAGUGUAAUCAGUAUUUGGACGAGAGCUGUACGUGCUUUGUUAGGGAUGGGAAAACCUACUGUAAAAGAGAUUAUAUCAGGUUGUACGGUAUCAAAUGCGCCAAGUGCAGUAUCGGCUUCAGCAAGAACGACUUUGUGAUGCGCGCCCGCUCCAAGGUGUACCACAUCGAGUGUUUCCGCUGCGUGGCCUGCAGCCGCCAGCUCAUUCCAGGGGACGAGUUUGCGCUGCGGGAGGACGGGCUCUUCUGCCGCGCGGACCAUGAUGUGGUGGAGAGAGCCAGUCUGGGCGCUGGUGACCCUCUGAGUCCCCUGCAUCCGGCAAGGCCGCUGCAAAUGGCAGCUGAGCCUAUCUCCGCCCGGCAGCCGGCCCUGCGGCCCCACGUCCACAAACAGCCUGAGAAGACCACCCGAGUGCGGACUGUGCUGAAUGAGAAGCAGCUGCACACCUUGCGGACCUGCUAUGCUGCCAACCCCCGGCCAGAUGCGCUCAUGAAGGAGCAACUGGUGGAGAUGACAGGCCUCAGCCCCCGCGUGAUUCGAGUCUGGUUUCAAAACAAGCGGUGCAAGGACAAGAAGCGAAGCAUCAUGAUGAAGCAGCUCCAGCAGCAGCAACCCAAUGACAAAACCAAUAUCCAGGGAAUGACAGGAACUCCCAUGGUGGCUGCCAGUCCAGAGAGACACGACGGUGGGUUACAGGCUAACCCAGUAGAGGUACAAAGUUACCAGCCACCUUGGAAAGUACUGAGUGACUUCGCCUUGCAGAGUGACAUAGAUCAACCUGCUUUUCAGCAACUGGGCGGCGGAGUGGGGAGAGGAAAACAGCCCAACCAAUAGGCAGCAGAAACAACAAGGAAGAAAGCCCAUACUGUGAGUGAGCCCUCCAAAGAGUUAAUCCUUGGUCCAGGGAGCCUCCUCUGCGUGUGUGUGUGUGUGUGUGUGUGUGUGUGUUAUGAAUUUUCCAACUCCAAAAGAGAAGCUUUGAUGCCUAGAGACUGAGAACUUGCCUGCUCCCAGGGCAACAUGUAGCCAGCAGAAUAAUUUUAUUUUGAGCAUGCAUAGUAGAGUUGUGAUGCCAUUUUACAGUGGCAUUUGUUCUUGAAUAAUUUAAUGCAACAUAAUGUUGGGAAUUCAGUUUGACUAAAACAGAUCUUUAAGAAGAUAGGAAAGUGAGAGGAUUUCUUCUCAACUUUUCUCUUCAUAGGCUUUCUGUGAGCCUGUUAUAUAUGUGGGUAUCUUUAUCUAUUUACACAAACACUUGUAUAUACAUUACAAUUUGAUGAGCUUAUGUUUUUAUGAAUAUUUUUACAGCCUCCUUUAUUUACUUCUCAACCUUCC